AUGACGUCAUACCCUUUAAUGAUGUCGGCGACACUGCCCGUCACUGAGAAUGCUAUAGCAGUAACACAGGGAUUCCUCCGUUGGCAUCGAACUGCUGCCGAGCUGAUGAUUACCGAUUCUGACGGUCACACUGUUCCGCACCCCAUUACGGCCCUUGGCUACGUUUCACCAAAAGAUGCGCUCAAAUGUUCCCAUUCGUACAGUCUCAAUGGACGCUUUGGACAUGACAUAGAGACAGACGCCGCGUUCGUGCAACAUUGCUCCUCUUCGCAAGUCGAUAUCGGCGUCUUUAGAGAGACGUAUGUCAUCCUGGCUGGUAGAGCUACGGUCAAUGGAAUCUGCCGUUCGGCUUCAGUACUCUUUGUUGCACGUGACGAUGCUUUUCUGCCGUGGAAUAUGAUUAUCACCGCUACACAUGAAUACCGGGACCCGGUACGCCAGCAAACGUCGGAUUUUGCUAUCGAUUAUCACUUUGAACACCAAACCCCACUGCCCUAUGAAUGGAAGACGUUUAUUCCUGGAUUGACAAUGUGGAUGCACGGUAAUUUGGUCGGGAGAGAUGAGGAAACGCGGCGCUUCAUUGUCACGGUUACAGAUUACUCCAUCGUAGAUUGCGAUGGCCCGAAAUAA